AGACUGUGGACCACAUUCAGUCCCGUCAGUCCCGUCGUCGGCGAUGUAACUCACCGACUGCGUUCUUUCGUUCUUUCUUGCGCUUUGGGGGGAAAACUCACCCUUCAUUAUUUGUGCGCUGCACUGUGCAUUGCUUCAACUAGUUGUUGCUCUUCAGACACAAAUCGCUCCCCACCGGCUUCAUUUCCAGCGCUGCAGCAUGUUUGCGGAGUAAAACCUCUGCUGCCGAUUUGAUUUCCACCCCCCCUCCCCAAGCCUGCGUCUAGAGGUGCCAUCGACGGAACAGAGGGGUGGGCUCCCAUAUGUGGGCUCCUGUCUUUACCGGCGGACGCGGACGGUCUCAUUGUUCAAUGUGCAUGGAGGGAACGACGUAAUACAACACGCAGAGGAAGUUAGGACAGCCUUGUUUCCAUUUCUUUUUCUUUUUCUUUUUUUUUUUUUUUUUGCACACAGAGGCGCGCAUUACUCGGCUUUAGGUGGACACGCAUAAUUAAAGAGGUGUCAGGACGGAGCGCCGUGCAGCGGAGGAUUUCGUGCUCGUCGGACGCAGCGCCGCUCACCGGGAAUUACCUGCGGCUCUCCAAUGACGACGCAGCCGCACCGACCUCCGAACACUGUUGCAUGUUUCCCCGACCCGUAUCUCGGCCCCCAGCGGCCCUGCCCGUAGGUUUACGCUGCAGGGUCGGCGACUGCUGAUUUCCAGCUUCCCCGUCGGCUGCCGCCACCGUAACUCAGAUCAGUUGCAUGCAACUGUCUCCUCAAAGACGGUGCAUGACAUGCAACGAUGCGCGGGACUCGCAGGAUUCUCUGAACCGGAUACCAUUUAGUUAAAACUCUCGGUGGACCGAGACCCAGAAUCGACUUUUUUUAUUAUUAUUUUUUUGUAAUAUAUAUAUUCUUUGGGGGCGUCCCGUGCGCUUGUGCACCACGAGAAGGGAGCGCAUCGAGAUCCGACCUCUGGCGGGCAGCGACUAUAGACUCUCUUUCUGCAGAUCGGGUUCGGGCAGAUGGCUGCUAUCGCCAGCUCCCUGAUCCGGCAGAAACGCCAGGCGAGGGAGUCCAACAGCGACCGCGUCUCCACUUCCAAACGUCGCCCCAGCCCCAGCAAGGACCCCCGCUCUCUCUGUGAGAGGCAUUUCUUGGGGGUUUUCAGCAAAGUCCGUUUCUGCAGCGGCAAGAAAAGACCCGUUCGGCGGCGACCAGAUGCACCCUUGAAACCUCCACAGGUGUCCCAUAAGGGCUGCAGGCUAGAGCCACAGCUGAAAGGCAUCGUGACGCGACUGUUCAGCCAGCAGGGCUUCUACCUGCAGAUGCAGCCGGAUGGGACAAUCGACGGCAGCAAGGACGAGAACAGCGACAACACCCUGUUUAAUCUUAUUCCCGUGGGUCUGAGAGUGGUGGCCAUCCAAGGGGUGAAGAGCGGCUUCUACAUCGGCAUGAAUGGCGAGGGCAUGCUCUACAGCUCGGAAAUGUUCACACCAGAGUGCAGAUUUAAGGAGUCAGUUUUUGAAAACUACUACGUGAUCUACUCGUCCACUGUGUACCGGCAGCAAGAGUCGGGCAGAGCAUGGUUCCUCGGCCUCACAAAAGAGGGACAAGUCAUGAAAGGCAAUCGGGUCAAGAAAACUAAGCCCUCAUCUCACUUUGUUCCCAGGCCUAUUGAAGUUUGUAUGUAUCGGGAGCCGUCGCUGCAUGAGAUAGAGGACAAGCACCGCUCCAGGAAGAACUCAGGGACCCCCACCAUGAAUGGAGGGAAAGCUGUCAAUCAAGAUUCCACAUAGCACCAGUUACAGGGACUUCCAGCGGGGUGGGAAGGGGGAGGGGGGGAGGGGGGGUUGGUCUCAUCCUGACUCAGGAGGAAGGGGCCGAAAAAAACGACAUCUUACCAUCUCCCCUUGAGAUUUCUGCACCUACAUACUCUUUUUAAACAAAAGAGGAUGUGGGACAGCUGCAAGGAGCUACUGCUGUACAACCAAGACAACAAAAACAAAAGUGAACUCUUGCCUGUGAAAACGUUUUAGAUCUCUCUCUCUAUAUAUAUAUAUAUUUAAAUAUAUAUAUUCUUGACCAACAUUUUAUGCAAAACUGAGAAAAGGCUGUGAAAACUAAGGAAUUGUGGUCUCUCUUCACAUACAUACACACAGAUAUCUGUCAUUCCUAUUUUAUGUUGUGAAAAACAAGCUUUAAUAUAUGUUCAGUUUUCAUCCAACACCUUUUUUCCCUAAAAA